AUGAUGGUCUCUUGGAAGCAUUGUCUUUUUACCGUGUCUCUUAUCACUGCCCUGAUUUUUGUCUUUGUUUACAAUAACGAGUUAUGGGAGGAGAAGCAUUUUCUGAAGGCGUCUCUGUCCAAUGCUUCACUGUUAGCAGAAGUCUGUCAUCGGAUUUUUAAGGGGAAGGUUUUUUACCCAAGAGAGAAUGCACUGAAAACCACCCUCAGUGAAUCUACCUGUUACGAGUACAUGGCUCAAAGUCACUAUAUAACAGAAACACUAUCGGAAGAAGAAGCGGGGUUCCCUUUGGCGUACACGGUGACCAUCCACAAAGACUUUGGCACCUUUGAGAGACUCUUUAGGGCAAUUUACAUGCCCCAAAAUGUCUACUGUGUUCACGUGGAUGAGAAGGCGACAGAUACAUUUAAAGAUGCAGUGAAGCAAUUACUGAGCUGCUUCCCAAAUGCUUUCCUGGCUUCCAAGAUGGAGCCAGUUGUCUAUGGGGGGAUCUCCAGGCUCCAGGCUGACCUGAACUGCAUCAAAGACCUUGCGGCGUCCGACGUGCCCUGGAAGUACGCCAUCAACAUGUGUGGACAAGACUUUCCCCUGAAAACCAACAAGGAGAUAAUUCGGUAUCUGAAAAGCUUUAAAGGGAAAAAUAUUACCCCAGGGAUUCUACCCCCCGGUCACGCUAUUGGACGGACUAAAUUCAUCCACCAGGAGCUAUUAAGCAAAAAAAAUUCCUACGUGCUUAAAACAACAAAAUUGAAAACUCCACCUCCUCACAACAUGACCAUUUACUUUGGCACUGCCUAUGUGGCCCUCACAAGGGAAUUUGCCAACUUUGUCCUCCAAGACCAGCAUGCACUUGACUUGCUUUCCUGGUCCAAGGACACUUACAGCCCUGAUGAACAUUUCUGGGUGACCCUCAAUAGGAUCCCAGGUGUCCCUGGCUCCAUGCCAAACGCAUCGUGGACCGGUAACCUCAGGGCUGUCAAGUGGAUUGACAUGGAAGAUAAACAUGGAGGCUGCCAUGGCCACUAUGUCCACGGCAUCUGUAUCUAUGGAAACGGAGACUUGAAGUGGUUGAUUAAUUCACCCAGCCUCUUUGCUAACAAGUUUGAGCUUUCCACGUACCCCCUCACCGUGGAAUGCCUCGAACUGAGGCUUCGAGAAAGAACCCUAAAUCAGAGUGAAACAGUAAUACAGCCCAGCUGGUAUUUCUGAUCCACUGUAACACGGGCUCGACGGGCGCUUGCAGCUGGGAAGAAGAGCCUUUCUUUGUGAGAGAACUUUGCCUUGCUUAUGUGAAUCGUUGCCAGAACGAGGUUACGGCUGCAGGACCUGGCCAUGUUAUUCUGUGUGCAGCCAUCCACUGGACACUGUGAACUCCGCUAUCAGGAUGGCUGCACAGGGCCAUGCUGGCAUUUUGGCCACAAUGGCAGCCUCCUGAUGCUCCUUCUGCGUCAGGCUAACUCUCUGAUCAGUGAUCAACUGAACUGAUGUCAGACCUCUGCACCGGAUACUCAUUAUAGAGAAAUGUUCUCAUGAAAAGGAGAACUGUAGAUAAUACUGUUUAGGAAAAUAGCAAUUGUGUUUCUUUGAAGGAAUCUUCUAUGACGGAUCUAUAGCCACACAUCCGUGGACACCACUCCUCUUUGCUCAGCCACACGUAGGCAUAGAAACAACUUUCUGGGCAACUCAGCAAUCUCCUUUACAACUUGAGCUACCAGAAGGGAGGACUAGAUCUUGUUCCCAGGUUUCAACACUAGCCUUCCUAGUUUACUGUGUCUGAAGUCCUGUAUAGAAUGCGGCCACUACCUCCUGUUUCUGCAAAGGAAUCCCAGGGAAACAGGACAUUUCUUGUGGUGUGUCAGAAUGCUCACUAGUCCCUCUGCCAUUGCUUUCCAUGGAGAACGCUGAAACGUUCCCACAGAAUGAAGAUAUUUCUGGAAGAGAGGUGCUAUUGCAUGAAUCUUGUCCCAGGUCUCUAACCUCAGAAUGAAUCACUUUCCUCUUCGGUCACCACCCUCCACCCCCACCAAAGUGAUCUUACCUGCAAAAUGGAGUCCAAAUUCUACACCAUGAAGGCUUUAAGGACU